ACUUUAUGCUCUGUUUCAUUUUCUCUUUUGUAAUAAUUUCGUAAAGAAAAUCCUUUUUAAAAAAAGUAGCUUCUUUUUUUCUCCUUCACUGGAGACUCCAGAACAGUCAAUCAAAAAGCCAUUGAUUCUCUUCUUCUCUCUCACUAUUGUUUUGUGUUCUUCAAGAUUUUCUUUCAAAAAAGAAGAGCACACCUAGCUAUGUCGUCGACAAACGGAGGUGGUUUCAAGUGUUUUUCACCGGAGAAUACAAACUGGAUUUUUCAAGAAGUCAAAGAUGUCACGUGGACGGUGGAGGAAAAUAAACGUUUCGAGAAAGCCCUCGCCUUUAUCGACGACAAAGAAGACGUAGAGAGCUGGUCGAAGAUCGCCGCUUUGAUCCCGGGGAAAACCGUAUAUGACGUCAUUAAACGAUACAAGAAACUGCUGGAUGACGUCAGUGACAUCGAGGCCGGACUUGUCCCCGAUCCUCGCUACGGCUACGACGCCUCCUCAGAGACCACAUGUGAUUACUUCUUUGGGCUAGAGAACUCCUCUUGCGGUUACGGUUACGAUUAUGUCGUGGGAGGAAAGAGAAGUACGCCGGCGAUGACUGAUGGUUUCAGGGCUCCGAUACCAGAGAAAGAACGGAAGAAAGGAGUUCCAUGGACCGAGGAAGAACACCGACGAUUUCUAAUGGGUCUGAAGAAAUAUGGAAAAGGAGAUUGGCGAAACAUUGCAAGAAACUUUGUGACAACUCGAACGCCGACGCAAGUUGCUUCGCACGCUCAAAAAUAUUUCAUUCGACAGCUCACGGAUUGUAAAGACAAACGGCGGUCAAGCAUUCACGACAUCACAACCGUUAACGUCCCCGAGGGAAACGCACCAACAACCACCACACCCGCCGCUGCAACAGUCUCUCUUACUCCAGCCAAUCCUUUUGACGUUUUCCUUCCAAAGCCUCAUCACAGUUUCGCGUUUUCGCCUGCGUCUAGUUAUCAUAACACGUUUCCGCAGUGGAGUUAAAAAUCAUAUAUAAAUCUAGAGUUUGCCUCAUAUAUUGUUAUAUAUGUUUUCUACGCCUAUCCAAUUAUUCAUGCAGGAUUUUGUAAAUAUUUGUAAAGAACUUUUAAAGUUUGUGUGAUCAUGCAAAUAUAGGUUUUGAUUGAUUGUAAUUUCCAGUUAAGCAAGUUUAUAUUAUAAAAUGUAUGUGGCUUAUCCGUA